AUGCCCGAACAGCUCAGCGUCUCGGAGUUCGUGGCCGUCACUUCGGAGGACCUCAGCUCGCCGCUGGUCUCCGGCUUCGCCACCAAGAUGCAGAAGUGCCGGGGCGCGGUGGGGGCGCUGGAAGAGAGUUUGGAUGGAGACCAAGCCAUUCUUCAGCGGAUCAGGAAAUACGUGAAAGCGAUUCAUGUUUCUGGGCUCACUCAUGUGGAGAAUGAGGAACAAUACAGCGAAACUCUGGAGAACUUUGGCAAUAACCACCUUUCUCAGAACAAUCACGAACUUUCCACUGGCUUCCUCAACCUUGCUGUUUUCACCAGGGAAGUGACGGCUCUUUUGAAAAACCUGGUGCAGAAUCUGAACAAUAUAGUCUCCUUUCCUCUGGACAAUCUUUUGAAAGGGCAGCUGAAGGACACCCGGGUGGAUUCCAAGAAGCAAAUUGAAAAGGCUUGGAAAGAUUACGAGACCAAAGUAGCAAAGCUGGAGAAGGAGAAGGAGCGAGCCAAGAUAUCUGGAGUCAUCCAGACUGAACCUUCAGCCACGGAAAUCACGGAGGACCUGCAGAAGGAACGCCGCACUUUCCAGCUGCAGAUGUGCGAGUAUCUUCUGAAAGCCAACGAAUGCCAAAUGAAGCAAGGGCCAGAUUUUCUGCAGAGUCUCAUCAAGUUUUAUCAUGCGCAACAUAAUUUCUUCCAAGAUGGCUGGAAGGCAUCUCAGAACCUCUACCCAUUCAUCGAAAAACUAGCCGCCUCCUUACAUGCACUUCGCCAGGCUAAGGAAGAAGAGGUAAAACAGCUCACUCAGAUCCGUGAUUCUCUCCGAGGCAUCCUGCAGCUGGAGAACAAAGGGGAGAACCUCAACAGAAAGAACUCUGGCAGUGGGUACAGCAUCCAUCAGCAUCAAGGCAAUAAACAGUACGGGACUGAGAAGUCUGGUUUCUUAUAUAAGAAAAGUGAUGGAAUUCGGAAGGUGUGGCAGAAGAGAAAGUGUGGGGUGAAAUACGGAUGUCUCACUAUUUCUCAUAGCACAAUAAACCGUCCGCCAGUAAAGUUAAAUCUCUUGACUUGCCAAGUGAGGCCUCAUCCAGAGGACAAAAAAUCCUUUGAUCUUGUGACCCACAAUAGAACAUACCACUUUCAAGCAGAAGAAGAGCAGGACUGUAUAGUGUGGGUUUCGGUGCUCCAGAACAGUAAGGACGAAGCCCUUAGCAAUGCUUUCAAGGGGGACCCCGGAGGCUCCGUGUCUUCAGCGGGCGGCAUGGCCAACAGCGGAUUGCAAGAACUCACCAAGCUCAUCAUUGACGAAGUGAAAAACAUGCCAGGAAAUCGAUGGUGCUGUGACUGUGGAGCCCCAGAUCCCACCUGGCUCUCCACCAACCUUGGCAUCUUGACAUGUAUUGAGUGCUCAGGGAUUCACCGUGAGUUAGGGGUUCACUAUUCCCGCAUCCAAUCUUUGACACUAGAUGUGCUCAGCACAUCGGAAUUGUUGCUGGCAGUCAGCAUUGGAAAUGCCAAGUUUAAUGAAGUCAUGGAAGCCACCUUGCCAAUCCAGAACAGCCCCAAACCUUCUUCGAGCAGCGAUAUGAAUACCAGGAAGGAAUUCAUCAUGGCAAAGUAUAUGGAACGCAAGUAUGUCCACAAAGCUACCAAGGAAGAUCCUUACCGAGUUUGGGAAGCUAUCCGAAGCAGGGAUCUCUUGGCACUGCUCCAGGCUUUUGCUGAAGGCCAUGAUCUGUCCAAACCCCUUGUGAGUCCUGAAGGUCAGGAACAAGGUGAACCAGCCUUGCAUUGGGCAGUACGCUACGCCAACAAAACUUCCCUUCCAUUGGUGGAUUUCAUUAUUCAGAAUGGGGGAAAUCUGGAUCGACCCACUAUAGAUGGGAACACAGCCUUACAUUAUGGAGUCCAGUAUAAUCAGCCCAAUUGCAUCAAGUUGUUGCUGAAAGGGAAAGCUUCCACAAAUGCAGUAAAUGCAGCUGGUGAAACGCCUCUAGAUAUGGCAAGAAGAUUCAAGAAUGCUGAAUGCAAAGACUUGCUGGAGCAGGCCCAGGCUGGGAAGUUGGCUAUGCAUGUGGACUACGACUGGGAAACUUCUCAGGAGUUCUCGUAUGACAGUGAAGAUGAGCUAGAUGAAAAGAUUAGCCCACUGCAGCGAUCUUUUGGGUCUUCACCAUCUCCAACCACCGGCCAGCCCACUCUCUUCUCUUCAAAUCGGUGGGGCUGCUCUGGCAUGGAUAUCAGCAACAAGACCUACGAGACCAUUGUGAUCCCUUUGCAGUCUGGUCAGAGAAACUCAACCAGUGAGAAGACCCCACCACCAUUGCCGCUCAAAAAGCCCCCCAAAGGGAGCAGCAGACCAAAACCAGAUGCCUCUGAAUUACUACCCCAUUCACCAGACAGCCCCGACGUUUGGAACUCAUCGGUUUCCAGCAUCUCCAGUGUGUUGGAGGGUGGCCCAUUCCGGCAAUCACCCAACUUCCGUAACUCUAUGGAAGUCAAAGGCACAGCCUAUUGGGAAACCUGCUCUGAUGCCGAGGGUGCCGCCCAACGGCGAAGAUCAGAGCCUGUCCAGAUGAUAGCUCUGCAGCCUUCCCCUGGAACCUCUCCUGAACCAGGACAGAUGCCCCCAGUCAGGUUCAGCUCAGAGAGCACCAGGUCCUAUCGACGGAUUAGUAGCAGCUCGAUGGGUAAAUUUUCUGGCACCCCCCUUUCCCCGCAGAGCCCCGGUUGCCCAGAAGAAGGGCCUUUGUGCAAAACUGGGGUGCCAGGGCCAACGCCUCUGCCUGUGCCAACGCCAAGAAGAUUUGCUCCAGCCAAAGGACGGUUAAAGCGAGUCAAGGCUUUGGCUGACUGCAAAGGGGGCAAGGCCCGGGAGUUGACUUUCUCCAAGGGCGAAGUCAUUGUAGUAACACGGGAAGAGGAUGAACAAAAUUGGGUUGGAUUCAUUGAAGGUGAUGGCACAAGGACAGGUGUCUUUCCCUCCAACUUUGUCCAGCCAUUGCAAGACUGAGUGGACCCAGAUUGGUCUUCUCUGAAAAUAUUGAGGCAGCAUGAUCUGCUCUGGAGAUGGACAAGGUGUAGAGGCUUGCUGGAUCUCCACAGAGCCUGGUCUUCCAUGGGAUGUCAUUUCCUUAUUCGGUUCCAUGAUAAUGUUGCUAGGAAGAAAUGGUGGAAUCUGGAUUUUGAGGCUCAUUUUUGUAGACAGAAAGGGGAGAGGCCAUGGAUAAAGGACAUACAUGUCAAUAUGA